AAAGAAAUACAUAUGUAAAACUUUUUUCUGUGUAAAACUUUUAUUUACAUGUAUAUGAACCGGAACACAUCCCUCUGAACAACACAACCCUCUGAUGCGUGUGAUGGUAGCUUGGCACGCUACUUCCCUGGAACCGUUGCUGCUUCCAGUGCUUCUUCCUGAAGUCUUUGAUCACUACCCAGUCACCGGGCUUGAAGUGGUGUUGUGGCGCAUCAGCUGGCGUCUGCAGUACGGCUUUCACCUGAGAGUGGAUAGCUGAAAGGGAGACUGAAAGACUUAUACAGUAGUUCAACAAAAGAUAAAGCAUUUAGAAAUUCAAACCAGCAACCACACCGUCACAUACUUCAGGAUACUUGCUGCAGAGCUGACCUUCUAGGAAAGAGUUGGCAUUCCCAUGAGCAAUGGAGGAAGUCUAUGCCAAUGUUGACGAUGUCAAACCCCUAAGCUCAAGCUCAUCAACAAUACAAGAAGGUCCCAGGAGACUUCUCAGAGCGUCUGUUCUCGGUCUGGGGCUGCUGGGUGUUUUCCUGCUGGCUGGACUCAUCGGCCUCGCUGUCCACUAUCAUAACUCAGUAGGUGGUGCAGCUGCAGAUCUCUCCGCUGUCAAAGCAGACCUGUCCUCAGUGACUGAAGAGAGAGACAACCUGACUGAGCGUCUCCAGGCCAGAGAUCAGCUGAUCAACCAGCUGAAUGUCAGCCUCACUGAAAAGACCAGAGAGGUGGAGUGUUUGAAGAUAACGUGUCCUGAAGGAUGGAGGAAGUUUGGUUGUUCCUGUUAUCUCUUCUCUACUGAGAAACGUUCUUGGGAACAAAGCAGAGACAACUGCAGAGCCAGAGGAGCAGAUCUGAUGAUCGUAGACAGUAAGGAAGAACAGGAAUUCAUCUCUAGCAUGAUCAAGGAAAACACUUGGAUUGGUUUGAGUGACAGAGAAGAGGAGGGGACCUGGACAUGGGUGGAUGGAUCUCCACUGAAUCUGAAUCUGACGUUUUGGAGCACAGGACAGCCUGAUAAUUUUGACGAAGAGGACUGUGCAGAAAUACGGAGUAUUGUUCACUCCCAAAGCUGGAACGACAAGCCCUGUAAGAUCGAUAUGCAUUGGAUCUGUGAGAAAUAAGCUUAACAUUGGUGUCUGUUUGGAUACUAAACAUGCAAUCAUGCUUUUACAAUUUAUUUUAAAUUGAGUUAUUUAAAACUAUUCAAAAUGCCUGAUUUCAUGAAUAAGAAUUACGUUUCUUGAUUCGAUAAAUCCCAAUUUGUUUUUUUUUAGGGUUU